CCAUAAAUUUGGUUCCCCUUCUUCUCCAGAUCUUCAUAUUCCCCCUCACACCCAGAUCUACACCAGCAAACAAUGGAGAAUUUCCAUUUUUCUCUUCCCAAAUUCCUGUUUCUCCUCCUCCUCAUAAUUUCCGACCAAAUUCAUAUCUGCUCCGCCGCCGCCGCCACAAGAACCCACAAAUCCCCAGCUAGAAUCAGAACAAACACAGAGUAUGUGAGAACCUCGUGCAGUGCCACUUCAUACCCUCGCCUCUGCUACAAUUCACUCUCGGUGUACGCCGGCAAGAUCAAGACCAACCCCAAGACACUAGUUCUCGCUGCCCUCCAUGUCAAUCUCGCCUCCGCCCGAUCCACAGCUGUGGCAAUGAGAAGACUAGCCAAAACCCGUGGCCUACGGCGGAGAGACGCGUCGGCAAUCUCCGAUUGCAUAGAGGAGGUAGGCGACUCAGUGUUCGAGCUUCAAAGGGCAAUUCGCGAAUUGCGUCGUCCUAGAGGGUAUGAUUUUGGGGCUUUGAUUAGCGACAUUGAGACAUGGGUUAGCUCUGCUCUGACCGACGAAGAGACGUGUAUGGAAGGGUUUGGCGGGCGGAGUGUUAAUAAUAGGUUCAGUGUGAAGGCUAUGGUCCGACGGCACAUUGUUAGAGUUGCGCAUUUGACCAGCAAUUCGCUUGCUCUUAUUAACACCUAUGCUUCGUCGGCAGCGGCGGCCCAAGGCGUUCUGCCCUAGUCACUUUUUAUCUUGUUUGUUUCUUGGGAAAGUGAAACCAAAAUUUGGAUAUUAUGAGAUUAGUAAUGUAAUUAUUAUCCUGUAAUUCUAAUGUUACUAUUUAUGAGUAUCCAUUAC